AGCCCACCUUAAAAUGAAGCCUCAAGGAAGAAAAGAAGCUGCCUUUGGAUUGGUCACGUCUCCACGUUUUUGGAUCCGGAUAAAUUGAACUCAGCUCAACCAAGUCAAUGGGGACAGCAUGUACCCUCUUCUCAUUGCCAGUCUGGGAUAUAUGUGUGUGUAUACAUGGCAUUUCCUACAGGCAAUAAAAAUGGCUUCAUACACAGCUGUUGGGUAACGUUGCUUUACUAAGUGUUUUGGAUUGCUGUAUCAUUCUGCUGUCUUCUUGCUGCCAAUCGGUGUAUCGGUCUCCGCUUCUUCUGCCAAAUGAGAAGUUCUAAUUUUUUCAGUAAUCCAUCCAAGCAGAUGCUGCUAUAUGACAAUGUAUGUCUAAUUAAAAAAUGCAUCUUUCAUAUGUUGUAUUCGGUGGGAAUGUUGCCAUCUUAUCAUGCCUUACCGUGCCAAUACAAUCCCUUUCAUUUAGCAACUUUUAAAGCUAGUUAUUCUUUAACCCCUUUCGGGACUCUGAAGGUCUUCUGCUAAAUGCAUCAUGAAACAUCUUCUAUCAUUUGCAUGUUGCUUACUUAUUAACCCAGGUUUGAAGAGUUAAUAACAGGAUCUUACUUAUGGUCAAGAACCUACCUUCCAAAGGCUGUCGAGAAAGAAGAGAGUGAUUUGAAGCUACUCCAAUUCUGUUGCUCCCAUUUCUUGCAGGGUUUCGGAGACUAAAAUGGAGACGCCAACGUCGGCCCUUUUGCUUCUUGUACUUAUUUCCCUCUCAGGAGUCCUGUCACGGCCAAGCUUGGAUGGCAAAGUGUUUGUCUUCCCCACCGUUUCGAGCGACGCCUACGUCGUCCUUCAUCCCGCCCUGAAGGAGCAGCUCCAGCACUUCACCCUCUGCCUCCGUUUCUUCACGGACCUGACGCGCUCUUUCUCCUUUGUCUCGGUGGCUUCUCAGCAACACGACAACGAGAUCCUCCUCUUCAAAAGACCCGAGGCAUAUGAGGUCUGCGUGGGUGGCCGAUGCAUCGACUUCCACGCACCUAGAAACAUGGACGGCACCAGUAGCCAUUGGGGAAACAUCUGCACAACCUGGGAUUCAACGACAGGGAUAGUUCAGCUUUGGCUCGAUGGUCAACCUUUACCUAGGAAAGGGGUGGCCAAAGGAUACAAGGUCCAAAAAGACGUGGUGAUGAUGCUGGGGCAAGAUCAAGAUUCCUAUGGGGGUUCCCUCGAUGCUG